AUGCAGUGUAUGGGUGGCCGUUUGGAGGAUACCCUCGCUGCAGAGGGCGGGGCUCUCCCUGCUCUUGUCUUUGCCUGUGUUACUUUCCUCGCAGACGCAGGUAUCUACACCGACGGCAUCUUCCGCGUCUCGGCUUCUGCGUCGGACAUCGCUGAGCUCAAGACCGCGCUCGAGAGCCAGACAUCUGCCGGCGACGCUCUGGUCAUCCCGACCGAUACCGAGGCUGCUGCCGUCGCUGCUCUGCUCAAGGAGUAUCUGCGCGAGCUGCCGGAGCCCAUUGUGGCUGAUCAUCUGUUCGAGGUCUUUAUGGGCGUGGUUGAAGACGAAGAGUACGCCCUCGAUGAGGAGCGCAUGUUCAAGGUUCUCCUGCUCCUCGACCCUCCGCGCAAGUCACUCAUGGCUGUCCUCAUGGGCCUUCUCCACGAGAUCUCGACCUACGCCAACAUCAACCGCAUGACGGCGAGCAACCUUGCGGCCGUCAUGGCGCCGAACAUCCUUCGCCGCAAGGGCAUGGCUCCACUGGAGGAGGCCGAGCGCUCGUCGACCGCCAUCAAGUUUAUGUCUUUUGCCAUUGAGCAUGCCCCGGCGCUCAUUGCCAAGCUUGCCCCUGACGGCGUCUCCGACUUUGCCUUUAUCACCCGCUCGCGGAAUCCGCUUGCACUCAUGUCCGACUCCUCCGAUGACGACACUGCCGGCAUGCUCGGCACCUCGGCGGCCGCGCUGGAGCUGGCCAUCGGCACCGGUGGCGCCGUCACCCGCGCUACCCGCUCGCGGACGUACACAGACUCAUCAGGCCUUCUCGCCACCUCCUCCGACGACGACGGUCUUCUUACGCCGGCCGGUCCAAUGCCAAACCUCUCGUCAUCGUCGUCCGGCAACAGCAGCAGCCCAGGUGCCGCCGCCUUGUCCCCGGCCAACGCCGUUGUGGUUCUUGUCUCGUCGUCUGACAACGAUGACGACGGCCUUGCAAGCUCGGUCGCGGCUCCAGCUGCUUCCCACGGCUCGCCUGAGAAGCCGAUCGUCAUUCACGCCGGGACCGAGGAGCCGGUGCCUGUCGCUGCUCCCACCUCUGCUCCUCAGCCAGAGCUCGAGCCCGUUGUCGCCGAUGCAGCCGCUGGCGACGAAUCGUCGUCGGGUGACCUCGUCGAGUCUCCAGUCCGUCCGUAUGCCACUCUCCCGCCUGCCACCACUGCACCGUCAUCCGACGCAGAGCUUGCCGAUCUCCGCAAGCAGCUCAAGCUGGCUUGUGCAGAGAAUCAGGCUCAGGCCCGGCAGCAUGCCGACGAGCUCAAGCGCGUACAUGCCAACUACGCCCACGACCUCGAGGUUCUCCGCACUCAUCUCCGCGAAGCCGAAGCCAAGGCCGAAGAGGCCUCGCUCACCGUCACGCCGCUGCAUCAGGAGACCGUCGCUGUCAUGCAGGCCGAGAUCCGCUCGCUGUCUGAGAAGCUUGCCGCCGCCGGCGUCAACCCCAAGUCUGGCAAUCCGGAGCUCUGCAUGCGCAUGCUCCCGCCCAUCGCGCCGCAGGCGCUCACCACUGACGACAACGAGCCACUCCGCGCCCACGUCUGGGCCUCGUUUGCUUCCUUCACCGACUCGGACGAGCUGCUCAACAUCCGCGAGGGCGACGAGCUUGAUGUCCUUUCCACCGAGGGCAACUGGUGGCUGGCCCGCUCACGUGCUACCGGGGCUACCGGUCUUGUUCCUUCCAACCAUGUCGUCAUCGAUCUCGAGAACCUUGUGCAGCGGCGGCGCGAGGCUACCGAAUCCGACGCAUCGUCGGGCCCCGCCCCCACCACCGCUGAACAGGCCGACCCCGAUGCCGACCCCACCCCCACCGAGCAGGCUGACUCUGCUCUCGCCCCCGCCGAACAGGCCGACCCUGACACCGCUCCCACCACCGCCGAACAGGCCGACACCGACACCGCCGAACAGGUCGACUCUGCUCCCGCUCCCGCCGACGAUGCUGACCCUUCUCCCGACACCGCCCCGGCCCCCGCCAAACAGGCCGACACCGACACUGCCGCUGCCCUCAAGGCUUCUCAAGACGCACACAAGACUGCCGCUGCGCGCGCCCAGGAGUUUGCUGGCAAGCUCAUCGGCUCCCAAGCCCAGAUCGAGGAACUGACCUCCGAGCUCGACGCCGCCCGUGCUCGCAUGGCCGAGAUGCAGGUCACCAUCCGCAGGCUCAUCGAGCAGAUGCCUGCCGCCGUCCACCAGUACACCCGGGUCUUCCGCGAGCUCGACUCGUCGAUCGACACCUCGCUCGAGGACUCGAUGCACCGCUCGCGCUCGAUGUCGCGCUCGCCAUCACCGCCCGCCGCCGCCGCUCCUCGCGGCGUCACCUCCGCCGCCGCCGCCGUGCCUUCGGGCCCGCGCACGCCCGAGCAGAUUCUCUCGGCUUAUCGCGCCGACCGCGCCAAGCGCGACGUCGCCAGCGCUGUCCACUCGUAG